GAUACGCGUGGAUGAGGGACCUUGCAUAACUUAUGUGGUAUAAAGAAAACCUAAUGAGGAACACUAUCUGAGGAUCUUGAGAGGGGGAAAAACUGGAAAGUUUGCUAAUUGAAGUUAUGUAUGCAAUUAAUUAAAUCGUAAUUUUAUAAGCGCAGGUCGUGAGUUCUGGAAUGUCAGUAUUAUGCGUGGUUUGGUCUGGUAUAUUUAUCGUCUGUUAGAAAUUUUGUUCUCAUUGAAAUAAAUAAUAAUGCGUCUCGUAUUAUUUUAUGGGGUCCUAUUUUCCGCACUUCUAAGCAUUACGCAAGGAGUGACCGGACCUGGGAGGAACGUAGCUCUGGGAGAGGUUCCCUGGCAGGUUUUGAUCCUUCAUGACAACACAACGUACAAGUGUGGUGGGACGCUAUACGACGAAAAUACGGUCAUAACAGCGGCUCAUUGUUUAUACGAUAAACGUACCAACCUGAGAUUUCCGGUCGAAGGGAUAUUCGUCUUUGCUGGGGGGAUUAACGAAGUCUCGGGGGAUGGACGACGAGCGGUGAGAGUUUCACAUCCCGAUGGUUAUGUACAAGGGGGUGGGGUCGAUGAUAUCGCACUCAUCCGGGUUUCAGUCCCGUUUGACUUUAGCGAAGAAAUUGUCCCGAUCCGAAUUGCUGGACAAGGAAGCCAUGUAGAAAUUGGGGUUGCCUGCGGACUGUCGGGAUUUGGGUAUUCUCGUGAAAACGGUGGAACAGGCGGGUUGAGAGAGGCCGUAGUGGAAAUUAGAAACCCCUCCAUUUGCGAGACAGAGUUUGGUUCUAAUUUUGACUCGAGUUCGAUGAUUUGCGCGGGCGGGGGAACACUUGGAACGGGCAGUUGUAACGGAGAUUCCGGCGGUCCCUUAGUUUGUAAUCGAGUCCUGCAAGGGGUGGUCUCCUACGCGAGGGAAAAAUGCGGAUCGACCGGAAUUCCAGGCACUUACACGAAUGUUGGAGCCUUUCAUGAUUGGAUUAUUGAAUCGACGAGAGGAUGAGAUGACAGAUUUUUCUUACAAUGAAAAUAAAUUUUUAUAGAUGUGUAAGAAAUGUGUUCAGCAAUUUUAUGAUCAAUAUUUAUUGAAUCAUUCAAAUUUAAUUUAAAAAUAGACUACUUGCUUAAUUAUGAGCAAUUUUUUUUAAAUAUGCAAGCAAAUGUUAGGAAUUAUGAAAUUGCUUUGGCAGUUUUACGAACAAUUUUAUGGGUCCUAGUUUUCCUCAUCUGUGCCAGAAGCCAUUCAAUUCCAAAAAUUAAUGUUGCUAACAUUAAUAGAACUCCAAACACGAUUUGAAAGGAUAACAAAUUCGUGAAGCUUAUAUAAUCCGCCGUCAUUUUUGAAUAACCUUGAACUGCUUGGCGUCUUUCUAUCAUCAAUGAAAUAUCUGCAGCGAGUUCCAUCCACUUUUCCCAGACGAUAUAAAACCCAGCCUCCCUCAAAUUAUCCAUAAGCUGUUUGCACCUUGCCCCAAUUGCGAUCAAGAACUCGUCAUAAAUUGUCCUUCUAUCAACCACAUUUGUUACGAGAUGACAGUUGUAGCGUUCCUUCAAUUGAAGAUUAACUAGCCUUAAAUAUAAGAUGCCUUGAAAUGGCAAACUUCUCAAAAUCAUGGCAAAUUGAGGACGCGAUUUUGAAAACAGUUUUAUAACUUCCCAUUCACUUCGCCCCACCUCUUUUACAGAGGAGUUCAACUUAUGUGAAAUAUUCCAUUUGGCGAAAUCAUUUUUCAUGGUCUCGCGAACCUCGAACUCGAUAUAAGUCCCAGAAUCCGGAUGAAUCCUGCUGUGAAGGAUAAAUCCUUGGUGAAUAAUUUCGGGUAGACUAUCCAGUUUUUUCGAAACUUCAGGAACAACGAGUUCCGCGGUGACAAAGAAUUCGUAUUCGGAAAGCAAGAUGAGAGAGGAGAAUGAGAGAAGAAUGAAAAGAAUAGGAAAUAUGUACAUGAUCGAACCCUUCGACGAGGAAACGUCUUGUCGGACAAUUAUUGAAAAUAUAUCAAACACGUCGUUUAGUGGGAUGUAGGUUGCGAUCAUUUGCUUAGGGUUGAGUAAUAUUCUUCGGUGAAUCAAUAAUACUAAGCAGAUGAUGAACACGCUGAUGAAUACGAACAUCCAAACCAUUUGUUUUAUGGGGACGACCCAAAUCGAAAAUGAGAAACGUUCUGGACGGAUAUCGUAGUCGCAGUAAAUCACAUUGUAUCUAAAUAGUUAAAAAACAAGAGUUUUAAAAUUAAUAAAUCGAUAAAUUUAUGCUUAUAA